AAUAUCUAAUUUUAGAGAGGAAAAUAGUUAUCUUUGCUUACUAUCCUCAGUGCGUUAAAAUAGGAAGAACUCUACUCCCUCGUUCUACCAUGGUUUUCUAAUAGCUAGUCGCUAUUAGCGCAAUGUUGUCACUUUUUUGGAUUAGUUUAUUGUGUGCAGUUAUUGGUGGUUUAAGAGGAGAAACUUGCACAGAGGACGUAUUAAACAAGUGCCCGGAAGAGGGAUUUUUUGACCAUUUUUAUAAUUUCACAGAUACAAGAGAGGAAUUCGGAGAAUAUUGUGAGAAAAAACUAAAAGGGGCGAAAUGCGUGGGAGAUUUAAUGAGAGACUGCACGCAUAUUAGAGAAUUUGGAGACUUCAAUGAGGAUACUGGAGCCAAACUGAAAAUAUUUGAAGAUCUAUGCACAGAUGGGACAGAACUCAACAAAGUUUACUUGAACAAUAUAGACUGUUGGCCAAAAACCAAAAGUGAUCUUGAAUAUUGUAAAUCAAAAUUUGCUGAUGCUCAAUAUAAAAUCUUUCAAGAUGAAAAAGGUUCUGGCAUGAUAAUGUUCCACAGCUGUUGCGCUUUUGAAUGGUUGAAAAUGUGCACAUCAACAUUAGUUGAAUUGAAAUGUAAUCAGGAGGCACGGAGCUUUAUUGAUGAGCUUAACAGUGUUUUGAAAGGUAAAGAAAGUAAUACCAUGUGCCGGAUAAUAAAAGAGGAGCCAUUCACAAAUUGCUCUGGGCUGUAUGGAGAAGAGAACCUGGAAAUAGAAGAGAGACUAAAAAAAGAAGAAAACCUAGAGAAAGAAGAGAAGCAGGAAAAAGAAGAGAACCUAGAAAACAAAGAUCUCGUAAUGAUAUUGUCGGGUGGCAGCAAUGCACGCAUGGCGUCAUUUAUUCUAAUCUUCCUCCCUUUUAUUCUUACAAAAAUAAAAGAUUAUGUAACACUUUAUUAAUAUUAUUUUUGUCUACAUCUAAAUGUUAUUUUAACCCGUUCACGUGACGAGAUUCUCCCUUCAUGACCCACAGUAUCAUAUAUGAAACAAGUCUUACCAGCGACCCAUGGUCAAACGAUCUUGACUUAGAACGUUUUCGUUUAAUUUUUAGACAACACUAAAUUGGCGGUAGAAGUUCGUUAUAAUUUCGAAUAAGGACACACUUCAAUAUGCGUUACGGUUCCAGCAUUAUUAUUAUUUUGUUCUUUAAAUUUGAUCCGGAGUACAUCAGUUCUUUAGAGACAAUUGUAAAUCACAGCGCUGUUUUUUUUUU